UGCAGUACCUUUGGCCACCCUGGAUCCCUUUCCUUAUCCAACAGCAAAGGCCAGUCUCCUGGAUCCUCCUUAUCAUCCUCCUCCUCAUCUUCCUCUGGCUCCUUUAGCACAAACACCUCCACCCCUACCCGCCCUCAUUCCUCCCCCAAUCUCCCCGGCAACCCCAAAAGUCAACCAGGGGCCUGGAGCAGUCGGAGCUGGCAUGGUCGAGGGAAAGGCUGCUUCAGGGGCUUUCAGGAUCUUAUGAUCUCCGACAGCAUCAUGAGCUUUGUUGAAUUUGUGGAGCUCUUCAAGUCUUUUAGCAUUCGCAGUCGUAAGGAUCUGAAGGAACUGUUCGACACUUAUGCCGUGCCUUGUAGUCGCUCGGGUCCUGACUCUGUCCCACUCUACACCACACUGAGGAUUGAUGACAAACUCACAGGAUUGCAGCCAGAUCUUGAUCUCCUGACUCGCAACGGUUCUGACCUGGGCCUUUUUAUCCGCACACGUCAGCAAAUGUCUGACAACCAGAAACAGAUUUCAGACGCCAUCGCAGCUGCUAGCAUCGUGACCAAUGGCACUGGAGUGGAGAAUUCAUCGCUGGGU